UUGUGUGGUUGGCAGCACCGGCGUUCAAAGAACUGCGGGGACUGCGAGCAAGACUUAUGUGACAACACGGGAAAACAACCAAUAACGAUAAUACUCACCUUCACUUUUUGACAACAUCGGUUUCUUUUGGUCAAAGCACAGGUAUGUUGCAGAUGACCAUCUUUGUCAACGCAAAGACUGUGAGAACGUAGCUCAGGACCAUCUAUUGAAUCAGCAGCGGUUCCCGUGUAAAUCAUUGUAGCCUACAGGGUUUCACAGCUGAUUUUGCGAGCAGUUGUAGGUAGCAUUGCUCAGCGUCUGGAAUCAACGCGCGGAUCCUGAAUUCAUUCCUCACAUCAUGACUGUCUUCUCCCAGUUGAAGGAUGACGUGAAGACCUCGCUCGGAGUGUGAACGUCUGGUCGAGUGACAUUCCCUGCUCAUCCCUCCCCGAUCGCUCCUCCCCCUCCUCCCUCCUCCUCCGCCUGGCGUCUGGUCCUCCCGGGAGCCCCGCGGGGAUGGGGGUGCGCUCGGAAAAAACACGGACUUCCCGCGGCCGCGGGCGGGCCGCGUCGCCGUGGUCGCUGACCUGCUUCCUGCUGACCCUGACCUCCUUCCUCCCGCCGACGGCCACCUCGCCACCGCUCAACAGCUUCCUGUCGGAGCGGGGGGAGUGGUCGCUGAACCACCUGACCGUGCACCAGAGCACGGGGGCGCUGUACGUGGGCGCCGUCAACCGCAUCUACAAGCUCUCUGCCAACCUCACCCUCCUGGUGUCUCACGACACGGGCCCCGAGUACGACAACAAGGCCUGCUACCCCCCUCUCAUCGUCCAGCCCUGCUCCGAGCCCCUGGCCUCCACGGACAACGUCAACAAGCUGCUGCUCAUCGACUACUCCCAGAACCGGCUGCUGGCGUGCGGUAGCCUGUACCAGGGCGUGUGCAAGCUGCUGAGGCUGGACGACCUGUUCAUCCUGGUGGAGCCCACGCACAAGAAGGAGCACUACCUCUCCAGCGACACCCAGACGGGCGCCAUGUACGGGGUGAUCGUGCCCUCCUCCCAGGGCCAGGACGGGACCCUGUUCAUCGGGACGGCCGUGGGGGGCAAGCAGGACUACUUCCCCACCAUCUCCAGCCGCAAGCUCCCCCGCGACCCCGAGUCGUCGGCCAUGCUGGACUACGAGCUGCACACGGACUUCGUGUCGUCGCUCGUCAAGAUCCCGUCCGACACGCUGGCGCUCGUGCCGCGCUUCGACAUCUACUACGUCUACGGCUUCUCCAGCGGCGCAUUCGUCUACUUCCUCGCCGUGCAGCCCGAGACGCCCGGCGACGGCACGGCCGGCGGGUCGGCGUCCCCGGGCGACCUGUUCUUCACCUCGCGCAUCGUGCGCCUCUGCAAGGGCGACCGGAAGUUCCACUCGUACGUGUCGCUUCCUGUGGGCUGCGUGCACCGGGGAGAGGAGUAUCGCCUGCUGCAGGCCGCUCACCUCUCCAAGGCCGGACGCGUCCUCGCCCGCUCCCUCAACGUCAGCGCCCACGACGACGUCCUGUUUGCCGUCUUCUCCAAGGGGCAGAAACAGUACCAUGACCCGCCGGACGACUCUGCCCUCUGUGUGUUCACCAUCCGUGACAUCAACGCACGCAUCAAGGAGCGCCUGCAGUCCUGUUACCAUGGCGAGGGCAACCUGGAGCUGCACUGGCUGCUGGGUAAAGACGUGCAGUGCACCAAGGCGCCCGUCCCCAUCGACGACCACUUCUGUGGGCUGGACAUCAACCAGCCGCUGGGCGGCUCCCAGCUGGUGUCCGGCCUGACCGUGUUCACCGAGACCAGGGACAGACUGACCUCGGUCUCCUCCUACACCUACAAUGGAUACAGCGUGGCCUUCCUGGGCACACGCAGUGGCCGACUGAAGAAGGUGAGGGUGGACGGCCCAGGGGGGUCUGCAGUAUGAGACAGUGAGCGUCAUGGCGGACGGCCGCCCCGUGCUGCGCGACAUGGCUUUCUCGCUCGACCGCGCCUCGCUCUACGUCAUGUCCGACCGCCAGGUGGUGCAGGUGCCGGUGGAGGCGUGUGAGCAGUACGGGUCGUGUGGAGAGUGCCUCAGCUCUGGAGACCCCCACUGUGGCUGGUGUGUCCUCCACAACAC